CCAAAAAAGAAAAGAAAAGAAAAGAAAGGAAAACGGCAUGGAGGACACAAACAACACGACAGUUUUGUCUCUAUUUGAGCUCCCCUUAAACAAAAGCACUAAAGCAGCCGAAGACGAGGAAGUGAGGCUGAGUUCCCAAGUGGUGACUUCCUUCCUCCUCGGUGCGCUCAUCCUGUGCGCAGUUUUCGGCAACGCGUGUGUGGUGGCGGCCAUCGCCCUGGAGCGCUCUUUGCAGAACGUGGCCAACUAUUUGAUCGGUUCUCUCGCUGUCACCGACUUGAUGGUGUCGGUGCUGGUUCUGCCCAUGGCGGCACUGUACCAAGUCUUAAAUCGGUGGACUCUGGGACAGAUUCCGUGCGAUAUAUUCAUCUCGUUGGACGUCUUAUGCUGCACCUCGUCCAUCCUGCACCUUUGCGCCAUCGCCCUGGACCGACACUGGGCCAUCACCGAGCCCAUAGACUACAUGAAGAAGAGGACACCUCGGAGAGCAGCGAUUCUGAUCGGCGUCACUUGGCUGGUCGGCUUUUCCAUCUCCGUGCCCCCUAUGUUGAUUAUGCGCUCCCAGCCGAACAGCGUGGAAGAAGACAGGAAGAACCCAAAGCAGUGUAAAAUCAGGCAAGACCUCUGGUACACCAUUUACUCCACCUUUGGUGCUUUCUACAUCCCGCUCACGCUCAUGCUGGUUCUCUACGGGAGGAUCUUUAAAGCCGCCAGGUUCCGCAUCAGGAGGACUGUGCGUAAAAGUGAAAAGAAGAAAGUCGCCGACUCCUGCUCGGCUGUAUCCCCCGCGCUCUUCCGCAAAAAGACGCCCAGAGAGGCGCAGACUAAAAGCUGGAGAAGGAGCGUGGAGCCGCGUCCGGUGCCUGUGCCGUGCGUCAACGGCGCGGUGAAACACGCCGAGGAUGGAGAAUCGCUGGAGAUCAUCGAAGUUCACAGCAGCCUCAAAGGCAACCUCCCGCUCCCCAACACUCCCAGCGGCGUGCCGUUGUUCGAGAGCAGGCGCGAGAAGGCCACCGAGGCCAAGCGGAAGAUCGCCCUGGCCCGGGAGCGCAAAACGGUGAAGACGCUCGGCAUCAUCAUGGGCACCUUCAUCCUCUGCUGGCUGCCCUUCUUUAUCGUCGCCCUGGUCAUGCCUUUCUGCAAGGAGUCGUGCUACAUGCCCCGCUGGCUGGAGGACGUGAUCAACUGGCUGGGCUACUCCAACUCGCUGCUUAAUCCCAUCAUUUACGCCUACUUCAACAAAGACUUUCAGGGGGCUUUUAAGAAAAUCAUCAAGUGUCAUUUCUGCAGAUCCUAAGUCCCCCUAGAAUGGUGCCAACCCUGAGCAGACUCUUACUUGUACAGCCAUUGGUCCGAAAGAAAAUAUACUGACGAGGACUCCACCAUCACCAUGCAAACCAGUAUUAAUGAUUAUCCGAGGUAUGUCCAUAUAAAUAAAGCUCU